AUGUCGGAAAUUCUGCAAAAAUUCAGCACAAUGAAUUCAACAAUUUCGGAGCGAUUUUGGCUGGUCACUUCUGCGGAAGAUGCUUCGUCUGCACAUGAUCGCAUGCAGGAGAUGCGCUCGGAGGUACUGUCGUACACGUCGAAGAUCCAGGAAAGUAUCGAGGAAGUGGAUCGCUUAUGCACCCAGGGUGCUGAAUUGCUCACACCGGAUCAGUUCCACAGUCUCAAAGACCAUCGAAAUAGACUUGAGACGAUGUACAAUCAGCUAAGCGAUUUAACGAAAUUUCUUUUGGAAUUUUCAAACGAGUCGAGCUUGUUACACUCGUUCAUCAAUGAAAAAACGAGAGAACUUACGAUCCUGAAAGCAGAAAGCGGCGAUCCACAGCUGCUGAACAAAUCCCGUCAGUUGGCUAAGGAAAUUAUGGAUGAAGUUGUGGCAGCUGAAGCACGUCUGAAAAGCAUUACUGCACUGAGUGCGCGUAUCCAGUCCGAAAUCGAUGGUUACGUUGUUGAAAUGCGCAUGCAAUAUCCAAAUGCCCAGUUUCCAUCCAUCGAUGCCCAUGAAUUAACUGCUACCAUCAGUAGACUUCAGACAGAUUACGAGAUCUUACUUCAAAAUUGUCACGACCUAUCGGCAUUUUUGAGCCAGCUGAAAUCGCUAGCUUUGGCAUAUUCACAAAAUGUGGAAAGCCUGAACGAGUCAAUCACUGAUUUGGAGCAGAAAAUAUCAACAGCUGAAGCUCGAGCACCUUUGGCAACGUCUUUUUAUCAAAAAUUGCGCCAGGAGCGCAAUUUUCCUUUUUUUUUCUUCAGAUUGUCGGAAUUAGAAGCACUGCAGCAUGUUUCGUUUGAGCAAGCGAGCCGGACUGAAGCAGCCGCUCGAUCCGCUGCCGAACUCAGUAGCGCACUGAUCGGCACCGAUGCAUAUGAACGUAUCACGCAUGAAAAUCAGUGCCAAAUUGACGAAUUCACACGAAGGUUCAAAUUAUUGAUUUUUGCAAAACUUGUUUCGAAUUUGGAGACCUUCGCUCAACUAUGUGCCAUAGCAUAA